AUGUCUGGUGUUGAGAUUGGCAUCGCAGUCAUCGGAGCGGUAGCAGCACUCGUUACAGCAUACAAGGAUGCCGGUGGAAUAGUUGGAAACAUCAAGGCGCGUCGCAAGACAAAGGGGGCUCUGCCUCCGAGCUUUGCCUUGGAAGAAUCACUCAAGGAAGGGCAAGAGGAGAUUGAAAGAAUUACAGCCAAGGGCAUUCGACGAUUCGGCUCCGACUUUGAGCAGGGCGAUGACAUCGCGUAUCGCGCCCUACAAGCACUCAUCAUCGAGGUGCAGGCGACUUUCUUGCACCAUCUGGUCACGGCAGGCAAGGACGACGAGUUCGUCGACUUUGAAUCGUGCAUCGAUUCCGCGAUUGAAGCUAGGCUCAGAGCUGUCACCAUCCUGAACGAGCUCUACCUGCGGCAGCAGAGGCGCUCUAGCCUGGUCAACGAGCCAGUUCAACAAGUACUCGGGCAACUGCGAAAAGAGGACAACAAGACCUGUGGCGUGGAAGAAACUAACGAAUUAAAGGCACCCAGUAACACAGUUGGACCAGAAGUAGCUACGGCACCACGUCCUCCAGCAAGUCGCAAAUCGUCUUGGAAUGUCUUCAAGAAACACCGACGCACCUCUUCAACGGAGUCGCGUAGGGAGGACCCUUCGACGGUCCGGGGAUCGAGAGGAUCAACGGCCACUGUCACGUCUCCUGUGCUAUCCGCAUCACCUGGCUCAUUCACAUUGAGAACAUCGCGCACAUCGGCAAUACUCACUCCCCCUAUCAGUCCUGCCUCCACGUGGACACCGUACGACGCCAUCACUGCUGCGGGCUUCUGCGAAGGAGCUCACUAUGCCCAGCAAGGCCUCUACGAGAAGUCGGUCCAGGUUUCAAUGAGGAACAUGGAAUGGUCCUGCCACUGUCGCAAGUGCUCCUUUGCCACGCCCGCCGACAAAGACGAGCGUGGCCGUCCGCGGUUUGACGACAACGUGUAUGAAGCAUCGACGCUCCGUUUCCGGCCUUUACUGUUGUUCAAGUCUCACCUGCCAUCGAAGGAGAAGAAAGCGCGAAGCUACAAGUGUUUGAUCUGCAUCUUGGGAGGUGAUUCAUCUUCAAACUUCCACGGCGAAGUCCAUCUGCUCGAACAUCUUUCUCACCACCAAAGCGCGUUAGUGGGUGGGGUGGAACUGGUCGGUCCGAUCUGCCUGGAAGCUAUAGGUGUGAGAGAGGGUUCAGAGAAGACAUUCGAUAUCUGUUUCCCGAUCACGUCUGGUUUCUCUUUGCCAGCAGGGGCAGUCGAGCUGGACGACACAGCAAUCGUGGAGGCUGACGGGAAUGAGUACGGGGAAGAGGAGGAAGUGUUCAAGAACCAGUGGGUGAACGAGGGGCUCCGAUGA